AUGGCCAUUAUUUACCUCUUCAUGACAAUCUCCGAGUUCGCCGUGCCCACGGUGAUCGAUAGAAUUGGGGCAAAGUGGUCAAUGACAUUGGGCUCAAUCUUUUACGUAUUCUUUUUACUGGGUUUCCUACAUCUUUCCGCUUUUCUCUUGUAUACUCUAUCGGCUUUACUCGGGAUUGGAGCUGCGUUACUCUGGACGGCGAGUGGAGUGUUUCUCGUUGAAUUCUCCACUGAUGGCCAAUUGACAAGAAAUAGUGGCAUUUUAUGGGCGAUGAUUCAAGCAUCGCUCAUCCCUGGAGCUGUCUUUUUGACAUUUCUCUUGCAAAACGAAGAUCUCGUAAGCUCAUAUCGACUCUUGUACAGUGUUUUUACCGGAUUUGCUUUAUUUGCCGUGUUCACUUUUCUUUUACUUUCGAUGAGACCAAAAAAUACCAAAACAAAGAAGAACAUUUGUCAGAAUUUCUGCAUUUUUCAACGAGUUACAGAGAGUUCAUUGCGAAGAAAAACCGUGGUCGAGGAUUUACUUGAAAUCGGUAGAUUGAUGAAAAGCCGCAAAAUGGGAACUCUUUUGGUGAUGUUUCUGUAUUUGGGAAUAGAGUCUGCUUUUGCGAAUGGAGUUUACACGGGAUGUUUAUCGGCCACUCGUCGUCUCACUGAAACAAAUGAAUCUGUGAUCGCGUAUGCAAUCUUCAGUAUAGCUUUUGGGCAUAUAAUUGGCGCUUCUUUAUUCGGAAUGUUUUCAACGCAAACGAUGAAAUUUGGAAGAAAAUCAAUAAUCGGUAUUGGAUUGAUUUGUCAUCUUGUUGCCUAUACAUUAUGCCUUCUCAUUUUACCUUUUGAAUCACCACUUGCAAAUACAUGGGAUAAAUCGAUCAUUGAACCAAGAUUGAUUCUCGUCUUGUUUACUGGCUUCCUUCUUGGUUUUGCUGGUUCCUGUUGGCACACUCAAUCAUUGAUUAUGAUUGGUGAUCUUUAUAAAGGGCCUCAAUUACCAUCUGCUAUAGCUAUUUAUCGAUUGUGUCAGUCAUUUGCUGGCGUUCUCGUUUUUCUUUAUAGUGCUCAUUUUGCAUUACAAUGGCAAUUAGGAAUUGCUUCUUUAUUUGCAAUCAUUGGUUACUUUGUUUAUCAUAUUGUUCACCAAUGGGCAACGAAGGAAUUCGAGAGUAAAAAUGAAGAAAUUGUGAGAAGAUGUGUGAUUAAUGAAGAGAUUCUG